AUGAGCACCAGAACCGGCUCGCACCAGCUGAGCAACGGCCUCAUGGUAUCGGGCCGUCCCGAGCAGCAGCCGAAGGAGCGGCAGCCUGUAAUGGCCUCACGCGCCGUCCCGUACACCGGCGGCGACAUCAAGAAGUCAGGAGAGCUCGGCAGAAUGUACGGAGUCGACGUAUCCGGAGGGGACCACCACCACCCGCCGACUGUAGGUCCGCCUAAGCUGCCGUCCCGACCGCCGUCGGCGUCUCUGCACAACAGCGGAUCUGUCAGAUCCGGAUCGAAUUCCGGCCAGAUGGGCCCGAGGACCACGAACUCCGGGCCGAUGAGCAAGAAGUCAUCCUCCUCUUCCUUUUCCGGCCCGAUGACGCCGAUUCAGCCAACCGGCCUCAUUACCUCGGGACCGCUGUCGACCAGCUCGAAUCGGAGGUCCGGUCAGCUGGAAGCGCCGUCCGCUCCCAGCUCAUUCAACAAGGCUACCUACGGCUCGGCUGUUACGAGCCUGGGUGAGGAGGUGAAACUAGGGUUUAGGGUUUCGAGGGUGGCAAUGUGGGUGUUUUUGGUGGUGGUGGUGAUGGGGGUGGUGGUGGGUGCGUUUCUCAUGGCGGCGGUGAAGAAGCCAGUGGUCUUGGUGGCGGUUGUGGCGGUGUUAGUCCCUGCUGUAGUGAUUCUACUAUGGAACUACGCGUAUAAAAAACGAGGCAUUCGGGGUUUCUUGAAAAAUUAUCCUGAUGCUGAGCUGAGGGGCGCCAUUGACGGGCAGUUCGUCAAGGUCACGGGGGUCGUCACCUGUGGCAGCAUACCGCUUGAAACCUCUUUCCAGAGAAUACCAAGAUGUGUGUAUGUUUCCACAGAACUUUAUGAAUACAGGGGCUGUGGUGGAAAACCAUCAAAUGCUAAACAAAGAUUCUUCUCUUGGGGAUGCACACAUUCAGAGAAGUAUGCUGCAGAUUUUUACAUAUCAGACUUUCAGUCUGGUUUGAGAGCUCUAGUGAAGGCGGGCUAUGGUGCCAAGGUUGCCCCAUUUGUCGAGUCAACUGUUGUUGUUGAUGUCUCAAAGGAUCACAUAAACCCUUCUCCAAACUUUCUACGCUGGCUUUCUGAUCGAGGCUUAUCGGGUGACGACCAUGUAAUGCGGCUUAAAGAAGGCUAUAUAAAAGAAGGAAGUACUGUGAGUGUAAUGGGUGUGGUUAGGCGGCAUGAUAAUGUCCUCAUGGUUGUGCCACCCACUGAGCCCAUCUCGACUGGGUGCCGUUUGCCCUGUUGCCUUCUCCCCACAUACGUCGAGGGUCUUAUUUUGACGUGUAACGAAAAUCAAAAUGAAGAAGUGAUUCCUGUAUAA